AUGGACGUGCCGACCACCAAAAGCCUCGCUGACAUUUAUCCCGAAGAUGCGUUGGACAAUGCCAAAGCAAGAUGGAACAAUCUGCUGAAGAGCUUCAAGGACACAUAUGGGAAGAGUGUGGACUUCGUCGCAAGAAGUCCGGGCAGAGUCAACAUCAUUGGAGAGCAUAUCGACUACUCCUUAUACGAAGUACUGCCCAUGGCCGUGACGGCGGACGUCUUGCUCGCUGUAGCUGUCCAUAAGAAAGAGUCUGGACCAAGCACAAUACGGCUCACAAAUGUGCAUCCUCAAAAGUUCGAAGCUGCCGAGUUUGAUAUACCGGAUACUGGAGAUGUGCAUAUAGACGCUGCGACGCUAAACUGGACCAAUUACUUCAAGUCGGGCCUGGUUGGAGCGACCGAGCUUUUAAGAAAGAAGCAGAAAGAGUUUAAGUCGAGCGUAGGAAUGGAUAUACUCGCUGAUGGCAAUGUACCAUCCGGAGGUGGGUUGUCAAGCAGUGCUGCUUUCACAUGUGCCAGUGCUUUGGCAGUCAUGAAGGCAAAUGGUGUGGACGACGUGAACAAGAAGGAGCUUGUCGAGCUGGCCAUUGUCUCAGAACGGUUUGCUGGUGUCAACUCCGGUGGCAUGGACCAGUCUGCGUCGGUCUUUCCAGUGCAAGGCUCAGCCCUCUUUGUCUCAUUUGUACCGGAGCUGACUGCGAAGAACGUCGCAUUCCCGGAGCUCAAGUCGCCGUUGACCUUCGUGAUAGCUCAGUCCUUCGUAGCUGCAGACAAAGCAGUCACUGGACCAGUCUGCUACAACCUGAGAGUGGUAGAGGUUACACUUGCUGCACUAGUGUUGUCCAAGAUCUUCCGUCUUUCUGGCCUGCCUUCGGAUUCUGGGCCAUUGGGAGUAAGCUUGCGAGGAUUCCAUGAUACAUACUACCAGGAGAAAGAGGGUAUACAGAACAACCACAAGACCUCCAAGGUAGAUUUCCAGGCACAGCUUCAGAACCUGAUAGAAAAGGUAGACCAGUACUUGCCUCAGGAGGAAGGUUAUACUCGACAGCAGAUUUCUGAGAUCAUUGGCAUGAGUGUACCAGAGAUGGAGCAGAAGUAUAUGUCCAAGUUCGCCGUCCGAGCAGACAAGUUCAAACUCCGGCAGAGGGCAAUGCAUGUCUUCAGUGAGGCUCGCAGAGUACUGCAAUUCAUGGACCUCUUGGACUCCCCACCUCCUCAGACCGAGAAGGAGAACACCGAGCUUCUCAAGUCUUUAGGCGAGCUCUUGAAUGAUACCCAAGACUCCUGUCGCGAGAUCUACGAGAACAGCUGCCCCGAGAUCGAUGAGCUGUGUCAACUUGCGAGAUCGGCUGGCGCGUACGGAAGCCGUCUGACUGGCGCCGGCUGGGGCGGCUGUACUGUGCAUCUUGUUCCUGGCGAUAAAGUCGAGCAGGUGAAGCAGAAGUGGAUCAACAACUAUUACAAGAAGAAGUUUCCGGACAUUACGGAGGAGAAGCUGAAAGAAGCCAUUGUCGUGAGCAAGCCUGGCAGCGGAAGCUCCGUUUUCUUGGUUGAUGGCCGAGAUUCGUUAUGA